AUAUUAUUAAUUUUUAUGAUAUAUUUUCUUUUACAGACUUACUCGGGCCUAUUCUGUGUUGUUGUGAACCCUUACAAGAAAUUGCCAAUCUAUACCGAGAAGAUAAUGGAACGGUAUAAGGGUAUAAAAAGGCAUGAAGUGCCUCCUCAUGUUUUUGCAAUAACCGACACCGCCUAUAGAUCUAUGCUACAAGAUCGUGAAGACCAAUCGAUUUUAUGUACUGGUGAAUCUGGUGCUGGUAAAACCGAAAACACAAAAAAAGUGAUACAGUAUUUGGCGUAUGUAGCGGCUUCAAAACCAAAAGGCUCGGGGGCGGGACCUCAUCCGGCUUUAAUUAUUAGUAAUAAUGCGGAAACGUUUGCGAAUUUGCAAGUUAAUGCGAAGAAAAGUUAUAAAAUCAAAUGUCAUGUUCAUGGUGUAUCAGAUUCUGUUUGUAUUAAGAAUGAAACUCGAAAAGAAGUUCCCAAAUUGAAAGAAAAUAUUGGAUGCCGAUGUAUGAUGUCGAAGGGUGAACUGGAACAACAACUUUUGCAAGCUAAUCCCAUAUUGGAAGCUUUUGGAAAUGCGAAGACUGUAAAAAACGAUAAUUCAUCUCGUUUUGGUAAAUUUAUACGCAUAAACUUCGAUGCGUCGGGUUACAUUUCGGGUGCGAAUAUUGAAACUUACCUGUUGGAAAAAUCUCGUGCCAUUCGCCAAGCGAAGGAUGAACGAACUUUCCACAUAUUUUAUCAAUUACUUGCUGGUGCAUCGCCGGAACAACGAGAAAAGUUCAUACUCGACGAUAUCAAAUCAUAUCCAUUUCUUUCAAAUGGAAGUCUACCUGUGCCUGGCGUGGAUGAUUUUGCUGAAUUUCAGGCAACAGUUAAGUCUAUGAACAUCAUGGGAAUGACUAGCGAAGACUUCAAUUCUAUAUUCCGCAUAGUUAGUGCUGUACUGUUAUUUGGGUGUAUGAAAUUCCGACAAGAGCGUAAUAAUGAUCAAGCUACGCUUCCAGAUAACACUGUGGCUCAAAAGAUUGCUCAUUUACUUGGUUUAAGUGUAACUGAUAUGACAAGAGCCUUCCUAACACCCCGUAUUAAGGUGGGCCGUGAUUUCGUUACAAAAGCGCAAACGAAAGAACAAGUAGAAUUUGCUGUGGAAGCUAUUGCCAAAGCCUGCUACGAACGUAUGUUCAAAUGGUUGGUAAACCGUAUUAACCGGUCGUUGGAUCGUACCAAACGCCAGGGUGCAUCUUUUAUAGGUAUACUUGAUAUGGCUGGUUUCGAGAUAUUCGAAUUGAAUUCAUUCGAACAGCUUUGCAUUAAUUAUACUAAUGAAAAAUUGCAACAACUCUUCAAUCACACGAUGUUCAUUUUGGAACAGGAGGAAUAUCAACGGGAGGGUAUUGAAUGGAAAUUUAUUGACUUUGGAUUAGAUCUUCAACCAACCAUUGAUUUAAUUGAUAAACCUGGCGGUAUAAUGGCAUUAUUGGACGAAGAAUGUUGGUUCCCAAAGGCUACAGACAAAACGUUUGUUGACAAACUUGUAUCAGCACAUUCCAUGCAUCCGAAAUUCUUGAAAACAGAUUUUCGAGGCAUAGCUGACUUUGCUAUUGUUCACUAUGCUGGCAAGGUUGAUUACUCGGCUGCCAAAUGGCUAAUGAAGAAUAUGGAUCCGUUGAAUGAAAAUAUUGUUUCGCUGUUGCAAGCAUCGCAGGAUCCUUUUGUUGUGAAUAUUUGGAAGGACGCUGAAAUUGUGGGUAUGGCUCAACAAGCAUUAACCGACACUCAAUUUGGUGCCCGCACCCGUAAGGGAAUGUUCCGAACUGUAUCACAUUUGUACAAAGAACAACUUGCCAAACUAAUGGAUACCUUACGAAAUACAAAUCCAAACUUUGUCCGUUGCAUUAUUCCAAAUCAUGAAAAGCGUGCUGGUAAAAUAGAUGCGCCUUUGGUUUUAGAUCAGUUACGCUGCAAUGGUGUAUUGGAAGGUAUUCGUAUUUGUCGUCAGGGCUUCCCCAAUCGCAUUCCCUUCCAAGAGUUCCGACAACGCUAUGAACUACUUACGCCGAACGUUAUACCCAAAGGCUUUAUGGACGGGAAGAAAGCAUGCGAGAAAAUGAUUCAAGCUUUAGAAUUGGACACAAACCUGUUUAGAGUUGGUCAAUCGAAAAUCUUUUUCCGAGCAGGCGUAUUGGCUCAUCUGGAAGAAGAACGUGAUUAUAAGAUCACCGAUUUAAUAGUGAACUUUCAAGCGUUCUGUCGUGGCUAUCUAGCACGCCGCAAUUACCAAAAACGUCUACAGCAGUUAAACGCAAUCCGUAUAAUACAACGAAAUUGUGCGGCAUAUCUGAAGUUACGCAACUGGCAGUGGUGGCGCCUAUACACAAAAGUAAAGCCCUUGUUAGAAGUAACUAAACAAGAAGAAAAACUAGUACAAAAAGAAGAUGAGCUUAAACAGGUGCGUGAAAAACUAGAUGUUUUGGCUAAAAGCACACAGGAGUAUGAACGUAAAUAUCAACAAGCUCUGGAGGAAAAGACCACAUUAGCUGAACAAUUACAAGCUGAAAUUGAACUUUGUGCUGAAGCAGAAGAGUCACGUUCCCGUUUGAUGGCUCGCAAGCAAGAGUUAGAGGAUAUGAUGCAAGAAUUGGAAGCGCGUAUUGAAGAGGAAGAAGAAAGGUCACUUGCACUCGGAGCAGAGAAGAAGAAGUUAGAGCUGAAUAUUCAAGAUCUCGAAGAACAAUUGGAAGAAGAAGAGGCGGCUCGACAGAAAUUACAACUAGAAAAGGUACAGUUAGACGCUAAAAUCAAAAAGUACGAAGAAGAUUUGGCUGUUACUGAUGAUCAAAAUCAGAAGUUGUUAAAAGAGAAGAAAAUACUAGAGGAACGUGCCAAUGACCUUUCUCAAACAUUGGCGGAGGAAGAGGAGAAAGCAAAGCACUUAAGUAAAUUAAAAGCUAAGCAUGAAGCUACAAUAGCUGAAUUAGAAGAACGAUUACAUAAAGACCAGCAACAACGUCAAGAAUCCGAUCGUUCCAAGCGUAAGAUUGAAACCGAAGUGGCCGACUUGAAGGAACAAUUAAAUGAGCGUCGUAUUCAAGUGGAGGAUAUGCAAACGCAAUUGGUGAAACGUGAAGAGGAGUUGACGCAAACCCUAAUGCGUAUCGAUGAGGAAUCUGCAGCGAAAGCUACUGCGCAAAAGGCGCAACGCGAAUUAGAAUCACAAUUGGCGGAAAUUCAGGAAGACUUGGAAGCCGAAAAGGCUGCUAGAGCGAAGGCAGAAAAAAUACGCCGAGAUUUAGGUGAGGAGCUGGAGGCAUUGAAAAACGAACUUCUAGACUCUUUGGAUACAACAGCUGCUCAACAAGAAUUACGUUCAAAGCGGGAACAAGAACUGGCCACCCUGAAGAAAUCACUAGAAGAUGAGGCAGUCAAUCAUGAAUCCUUUUUAUCUGAAAUGCGGCACAAACAUUCACAAGAACUGAAUGCAAUUAAUGAUCAAUUAGAAAACUUGCGCAAAGCAAAAGCAGUGCUGGAAAAAUCGAAAGGCACUUUGGAGGCAGAAAAUGCAGAUUUGGCUACCGAAUUGCGUAGCGUUAAUAGUUCACGUCAGGAAAAUGAUCGCCGAAGAAAACAAGCGGAAUCGCAAAUUGCUGAACUUCAGGUAAAACUAGCUGAAAUCGAACGUGCCCGAUCGGAACUCCAAGAGAAAUGCACAAAAUUGCAACAGGAGGCAGAAAAUAUAACGAAUCAGUUGGAAGAAGCUGAGUUGAAAGCAUCGACUGCUAUAAAAUCUGCUAGUAAUAUGGAAUCUCUACUCACAGAGGCGCAACAAUUACUUGAGGAAGAGACGCGGCAGAAGUUAUCGUUGAGCUCAAAACUGAGGCAAUUAGAAUCAGAAAAGGAAGCAUUGCAGGAACAGCUAGAAGAGGAUGAAGAGUCGAAGCGUAACUAUGAAAGAAAAUUGGCUGAGUUAACCGCACAAAUGCAGGAUAUUAAGAAAAAAGCAGAAGAGGAUGCCGAUCUGGCUAAAGAAUUAGAGGAGGGCAAAAAACGUUUGAAUAAAGAACUUGAAGCGCAGGAAAGACAAGUUAAAGAAUUGAUAGCUCAAAAUGAUCGUUUAGACAAAAGUAAAAAGAAGAUACAGUCGGAACUGGAGGACACAACCAUUGAAUUGGAAGCACAACGUACAAAGGUGCUUGACCUGGAGAAGAAACAAAAGAAUUUCGAUAAAAUACUUGCGGAGGAAAAAGCCAUUUCGGAGCAAAUAGCUCAAGAGCGUGACACUGCAGAGCGUGAAGCACGGGAAAAAGAAACAAAGGUGCUUUCACUAACUCGUGAAUUAGAUGAAGCUUACAAUAAAAUCGAAGAUUUAGAAAACAAAAGAAAAGUGCUUCAGAACGAGCUCGAUGAUUUGGCAAAUUCGCAAGGUACUGCGGAUAAAAACGUACAUGAGUUAGAAAAAGCCAAACGUGCAUUGGAGUCCCAGUUGGCUGAAUUGAAGGCCCAAAAUGAAGAACUUGAAGACGAUUUACAAUUGACCGAAGAUGCCAAGUUGCGCCUGGAAGUGAAUAUGCAAGCAUUGCGUUCACAAUUCGAGCGAGAUUUACAAGCGAAGGAAGAGCAGGCGGAAGAGAAGCGCCGUGGUCUUAUUAAACAAAUUCGUGACUUGGAGGCAGAGUUAGAUGAGGAACGAAAACAGCGCACUGCUGCUGUUGCAGCAAAGAAGAAGCUAGAAGGGGAUUUGAAAGAGAUGGAAACAACAAUGGAAAUGCAUAACAAGGUCAAAGAAGACGCGUUGAAACAUGCUAAAAAACUUCAAGCCCAAGUUAAGGAUGCUUUGCGCGAUGCUGAGGAAGCCAAGGCAGCGAAAGAAGAGUUACAAGCUGCAAGUAAAGAAGCUGAACGUAAAGUUAAAGCUUUGGAGGCGGAGCUACUCCAAUUAACAGAAGAUUUAGCAAGCUCCGAAAGAGCUCGUCGUUCUGCCGAAACCGAACGUGAUGAACUCGCCGAAGAAAUUGCAAAUAACGCCAGCAAAGGUUCACUUAUGAUUGAUGAAAAACGUCGAUUAGAGGCUCGAAUCGCUACGUUGGAAGAAGAAUUGGAAGAAGAACAAUCUAAUUCAGAAUUGCUAUUAGAUCGUAGUCGUAAGGCGCAGCUAUCCAUUGAGCAACUUUCGACUGAGUUGGCAAAUGAAAAAUCAAAUUCUCAAAAGAAUGAAAAUACUCGUGCAUUACUUGAGCGCCAAAACAAAGAACUCAAAGCCAAAUUAACCGAGAUUGAGACGGCACAGCGCACUAAAGUAAAGGCUACAAUAGCAACGCUGGAAGCGAAAAUAACCAAUCUUGAAGAGCAGUUAGAAAAUGAAGGAAAAGAACGCCUCUUGCAACAGAAAGCCAAUCGCAAAAUGGAUAAGAAGGUUAAAGAGCUAACAAUGAAUAUCGAAGAUGAACGUCGUCAUGCUGAUCAAUACAAGGAGCAAAUUGAUAAACUUAACAGCCGCAUGAAGCUACUUAAGCGAAAUCUUGACGAAACCGAAGAGGAAUUGCAGAAGGAAAAAACGCAAAAGCGCAAAUAUCAACGCGAAUGUGAGGAUAUGAUUGAAAGUCAAGAAGCAAUGAACAGAGAGAUCAACUCUCUAAAAACAAAAUUAAGAUCGAUGCAAGUGGCAGAAACGGAAAAGGCUAAAGCCUAUUCACCUAAGAAGGACGCUUCACUUAUAAUGAAUUGUGAAGGCUUGUAAAGCGGCGGUUAAAAAUGUUUAAAAUGGGGAAAAGUUUAAAAUGCGAGCUGGUGGAGGUAUUGGUUUAAGUUCGAGCCGCUUGACUGGCACACCAUCAUCGUCGAAACGGGGCGAUGACAGUUCCUCGGUGCAAGAUGAAUCAUUAGAUGGAGAAGACUCGGGCAAUUAAUGUAUUAAUUGGAAGUUAAUUUUUUAAUUGAAUUAAUAUACGAAAGAAAUUUGUAUUUUUGUUAAAAUCAAACACUCCAUUAUCUGCCGACUAUUGUUAGCAGCAACUAAAAUGUAUAACGUAUUGGAAAAGAGCAUUCACUCUCACACACAAGACAUCAAUUCGGAUAUAUGAAUAAACACAUCGAAAUAUGAAUUGAUUAACGAUUAGAAACAUUUGUACACUUUUUAUACGCAACGUCAUUUUAUACAUUUCCUUUUAAGCAUUGACGUACAAUUUACGAGCAUGCAUACCCUAACUUAACAUAAUUACAUAAACAUUUUAUACACCUACGAAAUUGAUGAUUAAACUGAGCCUACAAACGAGUAUUCGAGUAAUUACGGAAAAUUGCAUUUAUAAGAUUAAGAUAAAAAUAAAGUAAUAAAAAAAUGGUAACACGGGAAUUAUAACAUUUAUUUCAUACAGUAUGUACUCAGUACACACGGUGUACAGUCGUUCAGCGCAUUGCGAUUUUCCAAAUACUUAAAUUGGUCAAAUCUAACAUAUACAACUAUUGCAUAUGUCUGAGCAUGGUGAGGAUAGUAAAUAUUGAAAAUGCCUUCCUUUCUUCAUUUUCUUGGAAUAGCUUCUUUAAUAACAAGCAACUACGUAUGUGAAUAUUAGGAACUCUUGCACCACAUCUUAUCAGUUGUUAAAAUACUUUACAAAUAGCUUUAAGCUGUGAGAACUUGAAGAAUUUAUCAAAAAUAAUUGGGUGGCAAGCUAAUAUGAUACUGUUAAUGAAUUGCCUACACUGUUCAUAAAAUAAAUUGAUUAGUGGAGAUAUGAUGCAACUUAUUGAAGCAUUUCUGAAUACCACUUUAUAAAACUUCGUAUAAUAGGAGAGAUGGCCACAACUCCAAAGGGAUUCAAAAUAAAAAUUCAGCUGUAAUUAUACAUUGAUCUAUCCAGCAAAAUAUGUCUACAUAUGCACAUACGAUAUUGACAUGUAGGAAGGCCAGAAUAAAAUCAUAUCAAUCGUAAUAUUUCACAAUUGAGUAUUCUUUUUUCAUUAUAUUGACCAUGCAUUUUCGGAGGUUUAUAAAUAGUAUUUAUAUGCAUAAAAAAAAAAAAACAAA